AUGAAGGAAAAGAGCAAGAACGCGGCCCGCAGCCGGCGCGAGAAGGAGAACGCCGAGUUCCUGGAGCUGGCCAAGCUGCUGCCGCUGCCCGCCGCCAUCACCUCGCAGCUCGACAAGGCCUCCAUCAUCCGCCUCACCACCAGCUACCUCAAAAUGCGACACGUCUUCCCCGACGGUCUGGGCGACGCGUGGGGAGCGGCGCCGCCGCCGGCGAAUCCGCGUGAGUCCUGCAUCAAGGAGCUGGGUUCGCACCUCCUGCAGACCCUGGAUGGCUUCAUCUUCGUGGUGGCGCCCGACGGCAAGAUCAUGUACAUCUCCGAGACGGCGUCCGUGCACCUCGGCCUCUCCCAGGUGGAGCUGACGGGCAACAGCAUCUACGAGUACAUACACCCGGGAGACCACGAGGAGAUGACCUCCGUCCUCAGCAGCGCGCAGCCCGUCUUCACGCACAACCCGCUGGUGCACGAAUUCGAACUCGAACGAGCGUUCUUUUUGCGAAUGAAGUGCGUCCUGGCCAAGAGGAAUGCUGGCCUCACGACGGGGGGCUACAAGGUGAUCCACUGCUCGGGCUACCUGAAGGUGAAGCAGUUCACUCUGGAGUCUUCUCCGUACGACAGCUGCUACCAGAACGUGGGGCUCGUCGCGGUGGGCCACUCGCUGCCCCCCAGCGCCAUCACCGAGAUCAAGCUGCACUGCAACAUGUUUAUGUUCCGCGCCAGCCUCGACCUCAAGCUCAUCUUCCUCGACGCCAGGGUGGCGCAGCUGACGGGCUACGAACCGCAGGACCUGAUCGAGAAGACGCUGUACCAGUAUAUCCACGGCUGCGACAUGAUGCACAUGCGAUACGCACACCAUACGCUUUUGUUCAAGGGCCAAGUAACGACGAAAUACUACCGGUUUCUGACGAAGGAUGGUGGUUGGGUGUGGAUGCAGAGCUACGCCACGAUCGUCCACAAUAGCCGAUCCUCGCGGCCUCAUUGCGUCGUUAGCGUCAACUACGUGCUCAGCGAGCAGGAGGCGAAGGAGCUGGUGCUGAACGUGGAGCAGAUCGCGGGCCGCGAGGAGCUGGGGUCGGAGGGCCCGCCGGCCAAGGCGCGCUCGCCCGUGCGGCAGGCCAAGUUCCGGCCGCUGGCGGCGCCGGCCGCCGCGCCCACGCCCGACGACGACUACAGCGACUCGUCGAGCGGCGCGCUCGCCGGCUACGCGGCCGACUACGUGGGGCCGCCCCCGCAGUACCCCGCGGCCGGCGGCUACGAGGAGCCCGCCUUCUACUCCGAGCUGUUCUACCCGUACGCCGAGCCGGCGGCGGCGCCCGCCUCCGUCCCAGCGGCCGGCACGCCCCCGCAGCUGGGCCUGGUGCAGCCGCAGCAGCGGCCGUUCAGCUCGUCGUCCAGCAGCUGCAGCAGCUCGGAGAGCGACGUGCAGCCGCCGGCCUUCUGCAUGCCGCUGCACGGGCCCACCGCGCCCCAGCAGCCGCAGUUCGGCCUCGCCUGCAGCUUCGGCGACGGCCAGCAGGGCGCCGGCCAGCCCUACCACCACCACCACCACCAUCACCACCACCACCACCAGCAGCAGGCGGCGCUGGCACAGCCCGGCUACACCAGCGUCAUCGUCGACACGCAGCAGUACCAGCUGGCCAACGAGUACGUCCGCUGA